GGAAGCCCGAGUCGGCGAUCGGGUGGAGAUACCGUCAUCACUGUGCUAUACGAUACGGAAGGACGCGAAAGGAUGUAUAUAGAUGUGUAUCAAAAGGUGAUUGAAACAAGCGAUUAGUUUGAAGAGGUUGUUUUCGUUUUUUUUUUCGUGGAUGAUCACUGACCGGAGCUGAAUCCAUUAACAUAAUUUUUUCUUGUGGUAAGCCAAUCGGAACAACCACAAUUAUACCUCUACAGCGCCUGCAUUCGAUCCGCCUGAAGUCGAUGGCCGAUUUGUCCGCAGGCCAGAACUUGACACAAUGCGUCUAGUAAACGGACAGCAUCAGCAUAGUUGCACCAGUAAGGAACACAGAAUAUCAGCAGACAUUCGUGGCACGGUCGUUGGACUUGUAGAUAGUACCCUUGGGCCAGUCCCUAACGUUCCCGAGCGACCCUUCCUUGUCGCGCUUGACGAUCUGCCGUCACAGGCAGGCACAAUUUUCCAAAGAGUGGCCCCACCUAUGCCAAAUGGGAGACCAGCUCGUAUGGCAUCAAACUAAUUUAAAGAUAAGGAACAUGAGCUCCGGCAUCAAAGAUAAGGAACACGAGGUCUAGGUCGAGGUCAACCUAAACACUUCGCGAACAAGUGUCUUUAUUGUGAUUGUAGUCGUUUCGAAAGCACGCUCUUAUAUUUUCUGAGUUGUUUUUAAAAUUUAGUCAAUGCUAAUCCAUGAUCCUCGAUCUCCACAAGAAUUACAACUUCUUCUGUUCCUAGUAUGCAACCUACCUCUUCUAACCUUGCCAAUUUCUUCCAAGACGCUCGGGCUCAAAGUGCCGUCAAAUUGAAAGAAUCAGCCGAGCGUGGAGAUGGGGACGUAGGUCUGGGCGAUGCAAAGGCUGGAGGUAUUGCGCAUUUGAUUUCGCCAGACCCAGCUGAUGUCAGUCUCCUGCCGUUCUCGGGCCAUAAGCAGCGUAGGGAAAAAGCCACAGCGGAGAUUGUGAGGAGGGCUUUGAAUUAAGGCUGAUGAUUGAAGCUAGAUGAAAAGCGUCAAUCUGAAUUUAUUACUUUGACGUGAUAGUGUCUAGCUAGUACUGCAUAUUGAAAGUCGAGAUGAACAAGAUGAGGGGCUGCUGCACCAGCUGCAGCUCAUCAACGAAGAUAGACUCAACACAAACGCACACAGUUUUACGUAUUUGUUCUAAUGAAAACUGGUCCAUUUCGAGCGAAAAACUCAAGCAGCGCCUCAUCCCAAUUCCGUAGAUCUCUUCUACGACACCGACCGAUUUGCCUCAAAGGAUCAUGCUGCAACUGGGUCAGUAACCCCUGUCGAAAAUGGAGACCACAGCGGCGAUGAUAUUACUCUGAUGUUAUGGGAAGGGUUCCACAUCCACUCCAAUUUCCACUCCUACUUUGAUGUUCAUCCUGUGUGGUAUUACAACGAGGGGCUCUUUGUUAUACUUAGUUCAAAAUGAGCCUAGAGAGAAACUUCAAUUGUGUAAGUAUGUGAGAUUUUGAAGCAUGGACCGCCCGAUCUUCGUAGGACAAGAGAGUUACAAGUAAUCGUCUCCUCUAGGUCACUCAACCUCUAACUCUCUACAACCCCACGUCACCGGAUAAUCCGCGCAUUUUAGAUCUUGGCUCAAUGUCCGCAGACGGCGUGGAGCUGGUGGUCGAGCAGCGGCGCUUGUCUUCAUUAUCGUGGCAACCAGAGAACUUGGGACAUAUCUGAUUGUAUUUGAGGAAUGAAGGAAGGGUGAGUCAGUGCGUAUGAAGACGACUUAGAUCUUGAUUGACGUUCAAGCUCAUCUAUGACAUUUAAUAAUAAUGGCUAGUAGCGGCUGCGUCUGCAGUAAUUGCCUUCAUCAUUUGAGGAAAGAUUUUUAGCAGGUUGUACUAGAAGAGGUUGUCGUAUCUAUCAGAUUUUGUUUGGAGAGAGAUUAAGAUUUUUUACAGGUACAGGCUGUACUGGUAUUACCCGCCUUUCUUAGAAGAUGAAGUUAGUGUUGGUUUUUCAAAGCGUAGCUCGAUUACUAUUUGUUAGAGUCAGUGUAUCUGUGUAUCAUUUUUCUCGUCUCUUUCACUAGUUACUACUUACGAAAUAGGUGUAUUUCUGAUGCUCGUUAUCCUUGCUGGCUUGUCACCACGCGAUGAGCACUGAGGGGUACAUACGUCGACGAUAAUUGGCAGUGCUAUCAUUCAAAGUAAUAUUAGUGUCUGCUGCAACCGUUGUACUAGUUCUAUCGUUUGUUCUGUAGUUAAUAUUUUUGAAUCUAAAAAGGUUCCGGCAGUACAUUUUCCAGAUAGAUGAAAUCUAACGAAGAUAGAUGAUGCAACGCUAGCUUUUUGUUGAACAACUAAUAAAUGGAACUAUAGCGGGAAAAUGUAGACCCAGGUAACAAAAAAAAAAUUAUCGCGCAGGCCCCCUGAAUGAAUGAGUGAGCCACUGUGUCCAUUUUGCACUCUUCGACGCUGACGAUGCUUGCUAGUUCAACGAACGAUGAGAAUACGCUAUGCAAAAAUAUUAUAAUGAGUCCGCAUGAGGACAACGUGUAUGUUUCUGCUGAAG